CGUACAUUCUUGAAAACAACUCUAUUCACCCCCCUCUAGAGUUGCACUUUUGUCUAACAAUUGGUAUCGGAGCAGGAAGUUCUUCGAAUACGUUAUUUUUUUCAGGAACUAAAAGAUCAAAUGGCAUCAAGGAUGUUCAACGCAGGAGUUACCGAGGGACAAUCAGCCACGAGGCCACCUUUGUUCGAUGGAACAAACUACUCGUAUUGGAAGGAGAGGAUGAGAAUCUUUAUCCAAUCCAACGAAUACAAGCUAUGGUUAAUUGUGAAGAACGGAUGCGGAAUCCCGAUGAAGAAAGUCGGUGAAGUCAACGUUCCCAAAACCGAAGAGGAGUUCACCGACGAAGAUUGCAAAAAGAUGGAGCUCAACGCAAAGGCAAUAAACAUGAUUUAUUGCGGUGUUAAUGCGGAUGACUACCGCAAAAUUUCGCGGUGUGAAACCGCAAAACAAAUGUGGGAGAAAUUGGAGGUCACCUAUGAAGGAACCGCGCAGGUUCGGGAGGCCAAAAUCGACCAUCUUACUCACGAGUACGAACUCUUCUCAAUGAAGGAAAACGAGAAGAUUGAGGAAAUGUUUGAGAGGUUCUCUAACAUCAUUAAUCCUCUCAAUCUUCUCGGGAAGACCUACACCGACCGAGUGCUCGUGAGAAAGGUGCUACGAAGCCUAUCCCCCAAAUGGCGUUCAAAGGUGGACGCAAUCGAAGAAGGUCGUGACUUUCAAACAACGACCUAUGAUGCUCUUCGAGGUAAUAUUAUUACCUACGAAACCACCCAACUCUCAAAGGUUGUUGAAGAGAGGAACAAGAGGUCUAUUGCUCUACCCGCAACAACAUCAACCCACAACAACAUUGAUGAAGAAGAUGAUGACAGCGACGACACCGACCUCGGACUCUUUGUCCGGAAAUUCAAGAAGAUGAUGCUCAAGAAGGGAGCCAAGAAGAACACUCCACCCAAAUGCUAUGGAACGAAUAAAGCAUCACUCAAUGCCGAACAGUUAGAAGUGUACAAUGCAGUCCUCACAUCUGUUGAUGCCUGGCCAUGGCGGAACAGUAAAACAGCUUUGGGCCAUCCACCAGCGUCACGCUUCACUAUCCUCCAGGCUGCUCCUCAUCCAAUCCUUGAUCCCUACCUGUAAAAAUAGGGAGAGUGGAAGUAUCUAACGCUAGAACUAACUCAUAGACUAGCACCCAUUCACAUAUGAUCAUACAAUAUCAGAAUAAUCAGCAAAUAUCAUUAUCCAACUCUACCACUAUUUACCCUUAUAUUUCAGUUUAGUUCUUAUGCUUCCUUACUCCAUCUUCCUGCUAGAUAUUAUCUAGGCUCUCGCCCAAACCCACACUCAUAACUCCAAAGCUCUCGCAAUGGAGGGGGUUGAGGCCCCCACUGGCUCUCGCCAGGGGUCAAUGACCACCGUGCACACGUUUUUAACCCUCGAGACCACUAUGUGUACGACUUCACCUGCAUGACCUUAGUUUAUAAUCUCAACCCGAUUUAUGAUUUCUAAUAUCUAAUUAAACUCAGAUUCACCUUGUACCACUAGGUGGCCUACUUCACACUUUUAUUUCACAACAUAACAAUACACCAAUAAGCUCACUAACAUCUUACAUACUAAGAACAACACGAACAUAGGCCUAACACGAACAUAGGCCUAACACGAACAUAGGCCUAACAGAAGAACAGAUGAAAAUCUAGAUAACAAAACACAUAAAUCAAGCAACACAACCGGACAAUAAGGACUGCUAAAUGCCCUAGAAGCAGUAACUUCCCUUCUCGUUUGGAAGCAAGGUGGAAAUAGCAACACACCGCCACAGCAGUGGCAGUAGCAAGUCAGCACAUAUAGAGAGAGAAGAGACGAACAGAACAAAGAGAGAAGAGAGAGCAUGAUCGUAGAACACAAAGCAAGAGAGAAACAAAACAGAGCAGUAGUAGCAAUGUAUAAAUUUUCCAAAAUCAAAUUCAUAUCCCAACUCAAAUUAAAUUCACACAAUCAGUCGCAUAAUCAUACUUACGAAUUCAACAUCAAUUGGAUGAAAACAUAUUAAUGAAUCCUAAUCUACGAACUAAUUUUAACUAGAGAUAAAUCACUCACCUUGAAUCAAUUGGCAAGGUAUCCCACUCUAAUUGGCUUAAGAAUUCUAGCGUCUUUCAAGCAAUUCUCUGCCGAAUUGCUCCAACGAUUUCCCUCUCCUCUGUUCCGGUCUUGUCGCGCGGCGAAGAAGAUAAAUGCAGGCGGAUGAUGGUGAUCUACGGCAGUGGGGAAACAGAGAGCGCAUGGAGUAUUUAAGGAAAUUGGGUUAGGGGUUUGGGUCUCUAAAGGGUUUGGAUCUCAAGGUCCAAUACGUAUAGAAAUAGGGAUUACCCUUUUUUUCCACCCCAAAGCUUAUACGCAUAUAUAAAAAUGGUCCCUGUAUUUCUCCCCAAAUAGGAUUGGGGUUUCUUUUUCUUACGGCUAAGGUUUAGGAAGGUUUAAUAAUUAUUAUAUUAUAAAAUCUUUAUAUUUAUUUAUUGAACUGUAACAUCUAUUUUACUCAUCACGUUUUACGCAAAAGUCCCAACUUAACAAGCUAUAUACCAUUGGUCACUAUUUUACGAGAUCUACCCGAAAACCUAAUUUUUAAUUAAAAUGGUCAAUUUUAUAAAUAAUUCAUAUUUUGAAGUCAAUAAAUAAUAUAUUCAUUUUUUAUUAAAAUAACGACUAACUACUAAGCCGGGUUUCAGGGCGUUACAUUUACUAUUACCAAAAAACUAUUCCAUAUCAUUUCAAUUAUGAUGCCUCCAAAGUGGGUAUUCCAAAAGCUUGCAAUGCCAGUAUGCACAAAAAUACUUUUAGCAUUCUUAGAGUAUGGGUAUGCAAACAAAGUUGCUGUAUCAGGGAGUAAUGACAAAAAGAAAGUUUAUUAGCCUACUGUAUUGGAGCCUUUUAUAUUCAAAGAUAUUUUACCGAGGAGUUAUUUGAAAAGCUUAACAUUAGGAUUCAAACACUCACAUUUCUCUAUAAACAGAAAAUGAAAUUAAACAUAAAAUUAUUUA